AUGGGCUCGAAGAAAUACUUCGGCCUCACGGGCGAUGCGCUCAACACCCUGAGAAUCGCUCUCAUCAUUGCGCCGAGCUUCAUUCUGUACGGUUACAACAUCGGCGUUGUCGGCGGCCUCCUGACGGAAGAGGAUUGGGUCAAAACGUUCCCUCAGAUCGAUACCGUCAACACUUCGGGCGCCGAAAAAUCUCAAAACUCGACACUCCAAGGGUUCAUCGUUGCUACUUUCACCAUUGGCGCCACGAUCGGCUCUCUCUCUUGCUCUUGGACUGGCGAUAUCUAUGGGCGUCGAAACAUCAUCUUCUUUUCCGGGAUUCUCACUUUGAUUGGCGAAGUGCUGAUGUGCUCUGCCUUCGGUCUGCCGCAAUUCACGAUUGGACGUAUUAUUUGUGGACUUGGCAUCGGUCAGCUCAGCUCAAUUGUACCGGUCUGGCAAUCUGAGACGUCUGCUGCGGCCAAUCGCGGCCGUCAGGUUGUCAUGUCUGGGUGCUUUAUGUGCCUGGGUUACAUGUUGGAAUCUUGGAUCGAUUUCGGCUUCUUCCAAUUCCACUCAGGCCCAAUCACAUGGCGCCCACCUCUGGCUAUCGCUUGCUUCUUUUCCAUCGUUCUCAUGUCCUCCAUCUACUUCUUCCCGGAAUCGCCUCGCUGGCUGGUUAUGAAAGGUCGCUCCGAACAGGCACGAUCAGUUAUUGCCGUGCUCAAGUCGUUACCAGAAGACUCUCUUGAGGUCCAGGCCGAAUUGAACGGCAUUGAAUACUCUCUUGAAGAAACGAAGGGUACGGCGGUCUCCAUGAAGGAUAUGCUAAAGAACGGCGAAGACAAGCUUUUGUAUCGCUUCCUUCUCUGCAUGGGUCUUCAGUUUUACCAGCAAAUGUGUGGUUCAAAUCUCGUCAGCGUGUACGCGCCGAUUCUCUUCCAGCAGAACCUCGGCAUGUCUAGUCAACAGUCUCGCAUCAUGAGCGGCGGAACCCUCACCUGGAAGUUUCUCGCCUCUUUUAUUGCCUUUUUCACCAUUGAUCGGUUUGGACGUCGGGCAGCUUUCAUCGUCAGCGGCGGCGGCAUGUCCCUCUGUAUGAUCGCCCUCGCCGUGUCCACCUCGUUUGGCAAGGACAACUAUGCGGCCCAAAUAUCUGCUGCCUUCUGGAUCUUCCUCUACAACACAUGGAUCCCGAUCGGUCUCAUGGGAGCCAACUACCUUUACUGUACCGAAAUCGCCCCCCUACGCCUACGCAUGGCCAUGUCUUCUAUUUCCACGGCCAACCACUGGUUAUUCAACUUUCUGGUCAUCAUGGUGACUCCCGUCGCCAUCAACAGCAUCGGCUACCAGUAUUACAUUGUCUACGCCGUUAUCGCGUUCACGUUCCCGAUCGCGGUGUGGCUGUGGUUCCCGGAAACGACCGGCCGCAACCUGGAGGAGAUUGAUCUCCUCUUCCGCGAGUCGCCGUCCAUCUGGGCCACCGUCAAAUACGCCAAGACUCGGCCCAUCGCCAUGCCACAGGAGUUCAGAUCGGAGAAAGAUGAGAAGGCGGACCAUCUUGAGGAGGCAUAA